ACAAGCAUAGUUGGUUUGAAAUGGCUUUAAUGUAAACCAUUCAUCUUACCAAGAGAAUGUGGACUUUUAACACUUCCAAUUGUCACAGCACUGGUGUCAAUUCCUCAAAUGAUUUCUUUGGCAACGUAAUGAUUUUUAAGCUAAAUUAAUUGUGAAGAAGAAUGGGCUGCUGUUCACGACUGUAACCUAGACUCUAUGGAAUAUACCAGGGCAUAUGUAACUGGAAAUGACAUGCCUGUGGCUAACAAGAAGAGAAGCUGGGAGGAACAUGUGACCCACAGGAAUGGAUUACAGUACAGUUUUGAUGAUCUGGCUAUAAUCUGUUGUCAUGGAAUUGUAUCUGAUGAUUUAAAGUCAAUUAUGGAAAAGAAUGAUUUAUCAAAAUCAGGACGAAGAGAAAGAUGUGCCUCCUUACCAGAAUGCUGUCAUGAGGCACUAGUUGUAGGGUUUCCAUUCAAACAACUUGGCCGAAACACAAAGGAUAUAGAUGAAAAUGCUAACCGUGGAGGUAAUGAGCACAUUCUGUCUUUGGAAGCCAGUACAGAGACUCUGGUCCAGGUUUCCGAUGAUAAUUCAGAUCUAAGCUCAGAGGAAACUAGUCAUGUAGAAACUCAGCAAUAUGAGUUAGCAGAGGCUGGUCCCUUGGAAGACAUAGAAAAAGAGUCAAACACUGAAACCCAGGAUUUGGCUGAAGAGACAGUGGAGUCAGGUGUGAAGGAAGGCCUGGAGCCUUGUGAUGCACACUUUCACCAAAAGAAUGAGGAAUCAGUCCAAUUUAAGCCCAAUGGUUUGAAUGUAGAAAGGACUGAAGAAUAUUCAGAUAAGUUGCUUCCAAAAGCCUCUAGAGCACAGCACACUGAAACAUCUGAAGUUGUCAAAGAAAACUUCACCACAAAUUAUGUAACUCACUCUUCUGAUAUUAUGAUUCCUGGUUGUAAUGGACAACAAAUAUCAGACAUAGGACCUGUAAAUUUUCUCUUGAAGAGUCAUAUAAAAUCAAUUGAAUGUUUUGAUAGCGUUUCGAUUGUUAAUGCCAAAAGGGAUGAACGGGAUUCUGAAACAGAUUCAAGCCACAUUACCAAUUCAGCUGAAAGUCUAAGAACAAAUUAUUCCCAUUAUAGUCCAAAUCCUUGCGAGCCUGUGGAAUGUAGUGUACAACUCUGCAACAGAAAGGAAAUGCAAGAACGAGAUCGAGCACGACUAGACUCCAUGGUACUACUAAUCAUGAAACUUGAGCAGCUUGAUCAGGAUAUUGAAAAUGCGCUUAGCACCACUUCUUCAGCAACAAAUACACCAACACAGAAACGAAGACAUUUACCUGAGAUAGACUCCCAAACAGAACAUGGAGCAGAUACUCUACCUGCCAGUCAAAACUCAAAAAGCUUGCCUCAGCUUUUUCACUCAGCACUGGCAUUUACAACUCCCGCGGCUGGCACAGGUGCAAAACCAAAAACUGGGACAAUACUUGCGGUAUCAGAAAAGGAGAAGGCUGAAAUUGAGGCCAAGGAGGCGUGUGAUUGGCUGCGGGCAGCAGGGUUCCCACAGUAUGCACAGCUCUAUGAAGAUUCCCUGUUUCCCAUUGAAAUCUCAACUGUAACCAGGGACCAUGACUUUCUGGAUCGAGAUGCCAUUGAGGCAUUAUGCAGGCGGUUGAAUACCCUUAACAAAUGUGCUGUGAUGAAGCUAGAAAUCAGUCCACAAAGGAAAAGGAGUGAAGACUCGGAUGAAGAUGAGCCUUGUGCUAUCAGUGGCAAAUGGACCUUUCAGAGGGACAGCAAGAGGUGGUCCAGGCUUGAGGAGCUGGAUGUUUUUGCUUUGACUGACAACCCUGGCUCCUUCCCCCUGGAGGAGCCGCUGCUGAACGUAGGGAUGAGCAGUGAAAGUGUCCUUACUGAUCUGAGCGAGCAGCCAGAGGUGGGCUCUAUCCACAGUGUCGGCAGCAGCACGGGGAGCCAGGGAGCUGGACUGCAGAGCACAGGCAUGGGCGCCACUAGAACUAGAUCCGUAAUCAGCCUCUGUUCCUCAGGAAACUCAGUGGCCAAUGAAGAUUCGUUCUCUGAAGGCAUUCCUUCCCCCAAGGAGAAUUCAAGUUUUCAGUAUGAUACCAAGCCAGGAGGAAAGAACAGCAGGUCGAAGGCUAAGAGCUUUCUUAAGAGGAUGGAGAGUCUACGACUGAAGAGCUCGCCCAGCAAGAAAAAAAAGGUGACCUCUAAGUUGGUGAUUAGCGGACCAGUGUUGCGGGAAGGGAUUGAUGAGGAAAAGCUCAGGAGCCUCAAUUGUGUGGAGAUCUCCAGGCUCAACGGACACCACAGCAGCCUCCCGUGCAACAGGAGCGUUUCUUACGCCACACAGAUGAGCAGCAGCAGCCAAUCAGAGGCUGGCAGCAGCACAGUGAGCACUCCCAGUCCUGUGACCAGAGCCCGCAGCCACAGCACUGCUUAUAAUAACAACAAACGAGGUGGCAUGUACUUGGAGGGAUUUGACCCCUUCAGCCAGCUGCAACAGCAGGAGCAAAUUCUGCCCGUCAGCCGUAACGUGGCUGAAUGGAACCUCCGCAACCAGAAAGAAGCAGCCGAGGAAGAUGUGAUCUUCCUCAUCCCAGAAGGCCACAAGCCAGGCACCUUCCCAAAAGCACUUUGCAACACCAGUCCUCGCUGCAGACUGAGACGGGAGAGCAGUGACGACAGCUACAAAGACUCUAACUGCGGUGGCCAGAAUCGCCGGAACUCAGCCAGCUCCAUGGACAGCCGGCUUAGCAUAUACGACAACGUGCCCUGCUCUCUGCUCCUAGAUGGGGAAGAGGAGGAGGCCCCCUACCCCAAGCUGGAUGACAUUCUGCAUCAUGUAAGGGGCCUUCAGAGGUUUGUGAACGAGUGGUCGGAGCAGGCCUGUGAGGAGGGGGAUUCAGACUCUGCCCUUGACUCUGUCUCCCCCUGCCCAUCGUCCCCGCUACAGAACCACCUGGAGGAGGUGGAGAAUGGAAGUGACUUGGACAGCACAGGCAACUCCCUCCACGAACAAGAAGAGGUUGUGUGCAGCCGCGAGCGCAGGGACUCUGGUGUAGGCGCCUCCCUGACGAGAUCAAACAGACCUCAGAAGUUGAGAUGGCACAGUUUCCAGAGCUCACACAGGCCAAGCCUGUCCUCGUUUCUGCUACAAAUUAAUUGCCAGUCUGUAAUGCAGAUGAAUCUCCUCCAGAAGUACUCCCUGUUGAAGCUCACAGCACUGCUAGAGAAAUAUACUCCCACGAAUAAACAUGGUUUCAGCUGGGCUGUACCAAAGUUUAUGAAGAGGAUAAAGGUCCCAGAUUACAAGGACAGGAAUGUUUUUGGAGUCCCACUUCAAGUAAACGUGCAGCGGACAGGCCAACCUCUUCCCCAGUGCAUUCAGCAAGCAAUGCGCUAUCUCCGCAGCCAGUGCUUGGACCAGGUUGGGCUCUUCAGGAAAUCUGGAGUGAAGUCUAGGAUUCAGGCAUUGCGACAGAUGAAUGAAAGCUGUACUGACAGUAUUAGUUACGAGGAACAGUCUGCGUUUGAUGUAGCUGAUAUGGUAAAACAGUAUUUCCGGGAUUUGCCAGAGCCACUGUUGACCAGCAAGCUUUCAGAAACGUUCCUUCAAAUAUAUCAGUAUGUGCCCAAGGACCAGCAACUCCAAGCCAUCAAGGCAGCCAUCCUGCUCCUGCCAGAUGAGAACAGAGAGGUGUUACAGACUCUGCUCUAUUUCCUCAGUGACGUGACUGCCGCUGUGAAAGAGAAUCAAAUGACAAACAACAACCUAGCGGUGUGCUUGGCACCCUCCCUGUUCCACCUCAAUACUCUCAAAAGGGAGAACUCUUCUCCAAGGGUGAUGCAAAGAAAACACAGUCUUGGCAAACCAGACCAAAAGGACCUGAGUGAAAACCUUGCUGCCACCCAUGGCCUGGCCCACAUGAUUGCGGAGUGCAAAAAAUUAUUUCAGAUUCCUGAGGAAAUGAGCAGCUGCAGAAACUCGUACAUGGAGCAAGGUCUGCAGCCCCCGAAGCUUGAAGAGUUGGUGGGUGAUAACAAAGAGCAAUCUCCUGGAUACAAGGCCUACCUACAGGAGUGUAUUGACGGUCUUCUAAAGGAAGCUAAGGAAAAGUUUAAAGGCUGGAACAGCUGUUCAACUUCAGAGCAGGCAGAACUGUCUUAUAAAAAGGUAGGUGACGGCUCUCCUCUCCGACUGUGGAAAGCCACUGUUGAAGUGCCAGCUGCUCCAGAAGAUGUGUUGAAUCGAGUGCUUCGAGAACAGUACCAGUGGGAUGAGGAUCUUUUGGAUUCAAAAGUAAUCGAGAGUUUGGAUAACCAGACUGAAAUCUACCAGUACGUCCUGACCAGCAUGGCUCCGCAUCCCACCAGAGAUCAUGUAGUGCUCAGGACCUGGACAACAGAUUUGCCAAAGAGAGCAUGUGCACUAGUUGCUACCUCUGUGGACCAUGGUGUUGCUCCUCUGAUGGGAGUCAGAGUCAACGUGCUAACAUGCCGAUACCUAAUAGAGCCCUGUGGCUCCGCAAAAUCCAAACUGUCCUACAUAUCCCGGAUAGACUGCAGGGGUCGUAUUCCAGAGUGGUACAAUAAGAUGUUUGGACAAUUGUGUGCAGCAGAAGUGGUUAAAAUACGGGACUCCUUUAACAGUCCUCCACUUGAAAAAUAAUUCUACAAGCACAAGCUAAUUAUAGUGAUUUGCAUUUUUGAGUUUUACACAACAUUUCUGCCUACGCCAGUGCCGCCUUGAAUACAUCAAAUACUGUCUAAACCUGGCUUAAAAUAGCCCUCUGCUGAUGAUAAGGUGCU